AUGAUGCUGGCCAAGUUGGGGUAUGCGCCGGGGCAAUACAAUCCCAACUUUUGGCUACUUCUGCAUGGAGUUUACAUUGCUUGGUGGUUGGUUGGGUUGGGGGAGCCAACAUUUGAGCAGUUUAUGUACUUGUAUUCGAUCUCCAAGCAACAGGGAACCUUUGGCUGGGUACAAGCCAAUUGCCGGAAGGCAAAGGAGAGAGGUUAUUUUAUUGGGCAUAAGCCGAGUACGCAGAAGUCUUGGCGGAACAGAUGGUGCUUGGCCUAUGGUGAUUGGGAGUGUCCUCCAGGGAAGACCGUCUCCAGACACAUUCCAACCCACUUCCAGUCGAUAGGUUCGGUGAAGUGGGGACCGAUCUCCAAGGAGCGAGAAGACGAGGUUGAGAGAGUGAGGUCACUGUUGUCGGAGACCCAGCGUGAGCGUAGAAACUUAGUCACCCAGAAGAACCUGUACGAGUCCGGACUCUUGCAAGGGAUGGCAGGGAUCAUAAGGGGGAGCACGAAGGUGGCCAUGGAUCUAGAUGAUCCCGAGAUGCAGAAAUGGCUGAGGGAGUCUCGGGCCAAGAAGGCAGAGAAGGGAGGUGCUCAACAGGCUGCUGGGAGGCGUCCCAGAGAUGAUGAGGGCCUGGUCUCUGAUGUGCUGGGAAAAAAGAGAGCACUGGAUGAAGCUCACCGGAGUGUGAUGGGGACAGGGCCGAGGCUUCCUCCCUUUGACCCGCAGGCGCCGCUGAAGCUCCCCUUUGGUAUGGAUGAUGUUUACGCUGAGGGGGUAGAGAAGGUGGACUUCUCUGGGCUGCGUCGGCAGAAAAAGGAGGUGAACCUGGCCAUGCAUCGGCAUGAGGUUCCCUUGGUGAACGUCUUCCUGGAAGGCGUGAAGAGUGACCCAGAGGUUCUGGCGAGGACCUCGGCUACCUCCUAUGCAGAUCGGGCCCAGAAGACGCUCCUGACCCAGGCCUAUGCUUAUGGCGAGAUGUACGUGAAUAUGGCCAAGACGGAUAAGGAGAUCCAGAGGUUGAAGAGGCGCAAUGAGAUGGCCAAGGAUAAGAUAGCGGAGGCGCAGGAGGCCAUCCAAGAGAAGAACACCCUGGUGCUGCAGAAAGCGGCGAUGGCCAAGGAGAUGGAAGAGCUGAAGCGGUCGAGGGCCGAGGAGGUAGCUGCUGCCCGGGUCGAAGUGAUCGAGUCGUUUCGGGGGUCGGAGGAGCUGAGGAGCUACAUCAUGGAUCAGAUGGUGGCGAUGCAGCUGGGUUAG